AUGGGUACCAGAAGAAAAGAAUUGGGAGCAUUGUUUCCGGGCGAUACAGUAUCACAUGUACGAGAUGCUCAAGGAUCAAAUUCAAAAGCGCAAACUGGUCACUCCCAACCCUCCCAAUCUCUACCCUUCAGAGAAAUAGCAAAUCUCUGGUACUGGUCCACAGAGUUUGCUACCAGUCCUAUUUCGGAUGCAACUGAAUUGCGGAAGCCUGACCUUGUCCUCCUGGACUACAAGCUCCGAAAGUUAGAUUCCUCUGAAAAGUCCUGGAAGGACGUUCUCACAGGAAUCGAGAUCACCCAAUCUGAUCUUUCCAGCGAUUGUAAAAUUCCUUUGUUCCUGGGCAUCGUUACCAAGGGUUAUCUGAUCAUGCGGGAGCAACCAUGCCCUAAUAAUAUUAUCAUCUACGAAGGAAAAGGUUGCUUCAUUGACUUUGACAAUGCAAAGUUUCUUGAUAUUGAUGGACAAGCUGACAAGAGUCUGCUUGGUACUGGAACCAUAACAUACAUAUUGUUCCGCGUUCUUCACCUAAUGGGAGAUGGUGAUUCGUUCCGGCACAUGCCCUGCGACGAUGUCGAGUUGCUCUUCUAUAUCUUGCUUGAAUUUACUGUCAUGCCUAUAGGACCAAAGGUGCACUGGCCCCCAGAAAAUUGGCAAUGGGAUGCUGUCCGGAAGUGGGAUCGCCAAUCAGAGUGCGACACGUGA